AUGCCCGAAGAGGAGCCAUCCCUCAACAUCCCCUCACUCCUCACCCUCGCCGUCGUCUCCUUCUUCGUGUUCCGAUGGUUCUUUAAGCGUGAUGAUGACAGCAGCCCACCUAGCGCUCGAGGCCGCGCCCGAGGGAAUGUCGUCGAUCCCGCCCAAGUCGAACAAAUAUCCCAGAUGUUCCCGCAAUUGAGCACGCGCGAGAUCAUGUGGGAUCUGCAACGGAAUGGGGGCAGUGUAGCAGCGACAACCGAGAGAGUCCUUUCAGGUCGCGGCUUGGAUGCGCCUCCUCCCUCUUUCCAGCCCCUGGUUGCGAUUCCCCCGACCGGCGUACCUCCUGCGCAGCCUGCGCCUCCACCACCGACCAAAUCCGACGGGCAAGACUUAAUCUCGAGAUAUAACCUCUCUGCGAAGGUUGUCGAGGCCAGUGGGAGCGAAUCCACUGCUAAGCCCUCAUCAGGUGGCUGGUCGCAGAACAAGGAAGAGCGGCAGCGCAUUCUACAGAAACGGAGGGAUGAUAUGAUCCUGGCGGCGAGAAGGAAGAUGGAGCAGAAACAGCGAGCGGGUGCUCAAUAA